AUGACGACAGUAAGUUCGAAUCCUUUGGCUUACAUUGCCGGCAUGGUAAGUGUCCGCAGACGUACAGAUUGUUCGCUUGUCGUGGAAGAAGAAGAGGAAAAUAAGUUAAAUAAACGGGCCACCGCUGUACGACCUGCCGUUUGUUUCAACACAGAAAAAGGCGACGAUUCGACUGAGGACGUAAACGACAAUAAGACCGAAAUACGGAACACGACGAAGCAAAGACAUUUUUCAAAAGCAGAAUCUGUAGAGCUUUCAGAAAAUACCGCGAGGGAAGUUAAAGUUGAGCUACUUUCAUCCGGAAACGAAUCUUUCAAAUCUUCCUCGGAAUUUCCGCUGCGGACCGUGGUGAAUGAUGUUCCAAAGGUCAAUUCGUCAAAGAACAGUGAUAUAUGCGUAUCUUCGACCCUUCUACACGAAAGUUACCCCAGACGAACGGUGACAGAAAAAUCACCAGAAAAUCGACUGUCAAAAGUCAAGCGUAAGAACAGUGCAUUGUCUCAGAAUCGCCGGACUUCUAAGAGAAGCUGCAGCCGAGGUGUUAACUCGACCCAGUUGAAGGAAGCCGUGAUUGUCAUGAACGAUUCGAUGCAGUUCAUCCCCAAAAUCCCUGAAGAAAGCAACACUUUGGUUUUGGACACUCCUUCGAAGGAAGAAGCCUUUGCGGACUUCUCCUUCGUAACGGAGGAAACACUUUCUUGUGCAGCCACCAUUGCUGUACCGAAUCAUGCGGAAUUAAAACAAGAAGAAGCCGCGAAACGACGUGAAGAACUUCUGCGACAAAAGGUUGAGAAGCAACGAAGGGAGGACGAACGACGGCAACAGAAACUAGCUGCUGCAAAAUCGUCUAAAACUCAUGCCGAUGUUUUGCAGCCUACGCUUCAACACAAAGGCGCUUCCGCCCUGAAGAAUUCUUCCCGACAUCUUGCGGCUAAGGCUGUCAAACCAGUGGAGAUGACACAGAAUAAAGUAUCAAAAGUCGUUAACAAGGUAGAGACUGCAUCACAAAAUUAUGACAUUGCUGACCUGAGUUCGGGAGAUGAAACAGAUGACGAAGAAAAACCAAAGAAGCGAGUACCUUCGUGGGCUACAGGUGAACAGCUUAAAGCGCGUCUCAUUUACGACUACUAUAAUCCACCAGAUUUCAACAAGAUUUUUCGUAUCGAGACGUUGCCUCAGGAGGACAGCGGCCCUGACGAAAUCCCGGCGCAGCGGCGAAGAGCCAAUUCCGCCCGAGCUGGCGAAAUCGAAAUCGAAACCGAAGUGCAGCCGGCAGCAACGCUUUAA